UAUUAUAUAUAUUUUUUUCAGUAAAGGAUUUCUAGAGCGUACAUAGCUUUUUUGUUGUUUGUUAAAGAAGAAGAAAGAAAAAAAAAGAAGUGAUUGUUUCGGAUUAGGGGAGUUAGACUUUUGUUGGAGGAUUUCAUCACCAUUCACGCCGCCGAGUACUUUUCUUUUUCCUUGCACGGAGUCUCUCUGGCUGGGAGGUGUUGGAUAGAAAGACCCUGGGAGAUUUGAGUCCGAAAAGACGACAACACAAGAAUAAGAAGAUUGCGAAUAUGGGGUCACGGACGGAGAAGUCGGCAGGCGGGAGUUCAAACCCUGCAAACAGCUUACCGUUCCGGUAUCAGUUCGCUGCUGGAGCUGUCGCUGGAGUGUCUGAAAUUCUAGUCAUGUACCCCUUGGAUGUAGUCAAAACACGGAUCCAACUACAACACGGCACCGCAAAAGACGGAACAAGCUACACGGGCGUGCUCGACUGUUUCCGAAAAAUCAUCCGUCAGGAAGGAGUAAGCAGAUUAUACAGAGGCAUCACAGCGCCCAUCUUGAUGGAAGUACCCAAACGCGCGAUCAAAUUCUCGUCCAACGACACCUUCAGCGGGAUGUACCAGCGGCUCUUCAACGCGGCGUCGCCAACGCAGCCGCUCGCGGUCCUGACAGGAGCCAGCGCGGGCGCCGUCGAGUCGCUAGUCGUAGUGCCGUUUGAGCUGGUCAAGAUCCGGCUGCAGGACCGCACGUCGGCGGCGCGAUACACGGGGCUUCUGGACUGCGUCGCCAAAGUGGUGCGGCGCGAGGGGGUGGGCGCGCUGUACAAUGGCUUCGAGGCUACGCUGUGGCGGCACAUUGUGUGGAACGCUGGGUACUUUGGGUGUAUUUUCCAGGUACGGGCUAGGAUGCCGUCGGUCGACGACGACGGCGAGAAAGGCGCGAAAGCGAGGAAGAUGGGGAAUGAUUUGGUGGCUGGGUUUGUGGGCGGAGUCGUGGGGACCACGUUCAACACGCCGCUGGAUGUUGUCAAGAGUCGGAUUCAGAGUGUGGCGCGGGUCGAUGGGGUGAGGGCAAAGUAUGAGUGGGCGUGGCCCAGUUUGCGGGUUGUGGCGCGCGAGGAAGGGGUUAGGGCCUUGUAUAAAGGCUAUGUGGCUAAGAUUUUGAGGUUUGGUCCUGGAGGUGGCGUAUUGCUGGUCGUGUACUCUGCCGUGUUGGAUCUGUUUGGCAAAAUGGUGUAG